AUGCCCGCCGCCGCGCCCGACCGCCCGCUCAUCGUGUUCUCCGAUCUGGACGGGACGCUGCUCGACCAUGAGAGCUAUGACUGGCGGCCGGCGGAACCGGCGCUCGCCGCCCUGCGUGAGCGCGCCAUCCCGCUCAUCCUCGCCUCAUCGAAGACCGCCGCCGAGAUCGCGCCGCUGCGGGCCGGGCUGGGCUUUGCGCAUUGCCCGGCCGUCGUUGAGAACGGCGCCGGCAUCCUGCCCGCCGAGGGCGAAGACGCUGGCGACGGGCAAGCCCGCUAUGCGGAGCUGCGCGCUGCGCUCGACCGCGUGCCGGCCAGGUUGCGCCGGCAUUUUUCCGGCUUCGGCGAUCUGGGCACCGUCGGCAUCGCCGCCGCGACCGGGCUCGACGACCGCAGCGCGCGGCUGGCCGCCGAACGCCGCUUUUCCGAGCCGGGCCUCUGGGCGGGAACGGACGGCGACAAGGCGCGUUUCGUCGAAGCGCUGGCGGAAAUGGGGGUCAAGGCCCGGUCCGGCGGCCGCUUCCUGACGCUCUCCUUCGGCGGCACCAAGGCCGAACGCAUGACCGAGAUCACCGCCGCCCUGUUCGGCGCCGGCCUGCCCUUCAUCGUCGCGCUCGGCGAUGCGCCCAACGACACCGAGAUGCUUCAGGCGGCCGACCGGGCCUUCAUCGUCGCCAACCCGCACGGCACGCCUCUGCCGCACCUUGCCGGCGAGACAGAUGGCACCAUCAGCCGCACCGCCGAACCCGGCCCCGCCGGUUGGAAUGACGCCGUGCUGCCGCUAGUGUCGGCCUGGCCCCAGGCGGGCGGCGCCUGA